AUGUCGUCCCCACAGGGGAAGGAGUACGGGCACGAUGUGGACUUCCUGUUGACCGUGCCUGAGAUGGGAAAAGAGGAGGGGCUACUGCUUCGUGUGAUCGACAGACUUAGAGACCAGGGUAUUCUGCUAUACUGUGAGCACCAGGGCUCCACCUUUGACAUGAGCAAGCUGCCUAGUCGCAGGUUCGAGGCCAUGGACCACUUCGAGAAGUGCUUCCUGAUCCUGAGACUGGAGGAGGGACAGAUGGAGGGGGAUGGAGGGCUGCAGAAGGACCCAGGGGAGAGCAGGGGCUGGAGGGCCGUACGGGUGGACCUGGUGGCCCCACCUGUUGACCGCUAUGCCUUUGCCCUCCUGGGCUGGACCGGCUCCAGGCAGUUUGAGAGAGAUCUGAGGAGGUUUGCCAGGAAGGAGAGGGGGAUGUGUCUUGACAACCACGCCCUGUAUGACAAAACCAAGAAACUAUUCCUACCGGCAACUUCAGAGGAGGAUAUCUUUGCCCAUCUGGGUUUGGAGUAUGUGGAGCCCUGGCAGAGAAACGCAUAAGCAUGUUUCCCUCACAGACACCCAUACAAUGCCACCUUGGCUACAUACAGUACAUCACUCCCAUCUGUCUACCCGCUCGACUGCACACUACUGCAAUCUCAUUUCAAAGAGCCUAAUCUGGGUUGAUUUCUAUACUUGUGUUCUGUUGUUGGACUAGAUGCUGAUGUAUGAUUCAUCAUUUUAGUKUUUUCAUCAUGCCUGGCUGCUUUCUGUUAGCCUCUUAGCGAGUAAACAUUCUGCUCUGUCAUUCACAACCCACUUUUCUCCGAGCAUUCUUAUCUAUGUGACUGAUACAAAGCUAAAUCAACAAAUGAAUUGCCUGUGGUGGCUGCGAGGUAAAAAGGGAGAGAGGAGAGGGGUAUAAGCGUGGGCGAGAGAGAGAAAGCCUCAUCGAGAAAAAUGGUUGUAAUCAACCUCCUCCUGGCAGGAGAGCGCUCAGAAUGAACCGGAGCCAAGCCUCCUGGGAAUGGAGAGGUGGGUAAUGAGCUGCAGAUAGGGGAGCAUUCAGCAUCCCCSUUUAGCCUCCGUUUGAGCCUCCACAUCCACUGGAGAUCAUUUAGCAACCGCUCGCAACAGCUACAGCCUUCUCCGCUCAGUCCACUGUCACAAUCAAUCCCUUUCCCGGGCCACAGGACUGAAUUGUGCUGAUUAAGGCCAAUCAACUGAACUGGACAAGCUGCGAUGGCCAGGGUUCAUAUGACAAGUCAGUUCACAUUGUAAAUGCAAUGUUGGUUAUUAAGAUAGAUGUUGACAUUUGCAAACAUUUAUCCCAAUAUACAGUAACUUAGUAAGCGUAGCCGUUUUAAUGGCCUCUUGUUGCAUGGUAUUAUUCUUCCUACGGUAGCUUUGCUGGGACAUACAGAUUCAUCUGCUUGAGAUAUACUGUAAUGGCCUGCUGUCCACAAUCUAGCUCAGUUUCCCAUGAUGCUCAGGUAAAGCACAUCCCAUGAUACCUCCGAAAGUGCAGAUAUACUGUACGUCACUGGGGCUAUCGCAUCCUAGUGGAGAACCCUAUUUAAAGAUCUUUAAGUAGAGCAUCCCAGGCACAUUGAGGAGUCGACCCUAGGGCCUAGCUCUCACUCCCUUUACCCUCUCGCCCCUAUCCAGGCUGUUCGGUCAAACAGAGAGCCACACUAAAUGCAUUGGAUCUGAGAUUGAGCUCACACUUUCAACAUCACUGUGAAGAACUAUCUGCUUUUCUAUGGGGGACUGGGUCAUUGGGAUGUGUAACAAUGAAAACAAUGAACCUUUCACUGUCCAGUUGAGGAAGCAUAACUAAUACUGCAUGGACAAAUACUUUUAAGCUGUGACGACUUCAGUAAUUACUAUGGGAUUAGUCCUAAAAGUUUCACAAUCUUGCAAUUUUCUAGGAUUUAAUUAAAUCCCAUUCUUUCUGAUCUGAAAUGGUCCUGUCUGCCUUAACAAUUAAAGAGGAGUGCUCCCACAUAGCACACACAUUUAAGAGUGUGUAUUCUGUGAUACAAGGUGAUAAAUUGACUAAAAGUACACAAGUGUGACAGACACCGCUGUAUAUGGAAGUGUAUAAUGGACCAUUUCAUUCAUACAUUGUUGUGUUUGUUUGCUCCGCCUUGCAAUAAAUCAACAGACCAAUCAACAGCCUCUCAAUUCUACCACCAGUGAAAUAAACAGUUCACUGUUAAUUAUACUAUGUCCAGAACCGCAAUAAACAAAAUUACAAGGGAGCAUCAACCAAUUAUCCAAUCCUGAAAAUGCAUGUUGUCCAGGGCCCAGUUCUUCAAAAGUAAUCUGAUCAGAUUUUGGCAAUCGCUUAGAAUGAAAUCCAUAGAAAUAGAAUGAAUGGAACAGGCGUCCCCAUUGGUUGACUUCACCAAAGUAAGGUUGUGGUCAGUAAACAGUGGUACAGUGCAGUAUCAACUCUUCAAUAAGAUGAUUCAGUAAAUCUGGAUUAAAAUAAUUACAAUCGAAUAGCAACCAGGUGGUCUUUGCACGUGAAUGCAGCAACACAACAUACUACCAUUCU